AUUGUAGGCAAAAUCUUGUUGUUGGGAGUUGUUGUUGCGCGAGAGAAAUCCGUAACACCGAACCCCAAGGUCGAGGUUGCGACGCUCGUGAAGUCUGUCACAAACACAGUGCGCCUAUUGCGUGUUUUGAUCGCAGCCUGUGACUUUCACUUUUUGUUAAAAAUAAAACGUUUUUAAAAUAGUGUUUCGGCCGUUACAUAAAAGGUAAAUAGUGCGAUGUGUCCAGUCGGUGUUCUACAAUGAUUUCGCAUCGUGUCGUCCAGAAUACCUCCGUUAUCCAAGGGAUAUUCAGGAGGUUGUCUGUGUCCAACGGCGAUAUACGUAUUUCGAGUAACAGGCACAAUUCUCCAGUAGCUUUGGCUUCCAGAUUAUUGGACCAGGAGAAAGUUGCCGAUUUCACACCCAGAAAAAGAUCAUUAUCCUUCGGUUCCAGUCCUAUAUUCAAAGGACAAAUCACCAAAAUGUCCUCUGAUGCAGCAGGACCUACAACCACAAUUAAAACUAAUAGGCUGGCUUUGGAAAAAUCACCCUAUUUGCUGCAGCACUCAACCAACCCUGUAGACUGGUAUCCUUGGGGUGAUGAGGCCUUUGAAAAGGCCAGAAAGGAGAACAAACUUAUUUUUCUCUCGGUAGGAUAUUCAACUUGUCAUUGGUGUCAUGUGAUGGAAAAAGAGUCGUUUGAAAAUGAUUCAGUAGCGGAAAUAAUGAACAAAUAUUACGUAAACGUAAAAGUCGAUCGCGAAGAACGUCCGGAUGUAGACAAACUGUACAUGUCGUUCAUUCAGGCUACUGUUGGUAGUGGUGGAUGGCCCAUGUCUGUUUUUCUAACUCCAGACCUGGAACCUUUAGCAGGUGGUACUUAUUUCCCCCCAGAAGACACUUUUGACAGACCAGGUUUUAAAUCUGUGUUAAAAGAUAUUGCUGAAGAAUGGAAUACUAAACAGAGUGCUAUAUUAAAAUCAGGGAAGUAUUCGUUAGAUGUGCUCAGGAAGAUGGCACGAAAAGAACAAUUAGGUGAACAGAAAAUCGACGUUCCGGGUGUAGAGGUCGCCGAGAAGUGUCUCCUUCAAUUGACGCGUUCGUACGACGAUGAUUUUGGCGGUUUUUCGAUAUCUCCCAAGUUUCCACAACCGACCGUUUUUAAUUUCCUCUUCCACAUGUACUCGUCAGAUAAGCGAUCUGAGAAGGGAUUUCAGUGCAUGUUGAUGGCUUUGAAAACGUUGGAUAAGAUAGCUUAUGGUGGUAUACAUGAUCACGUUAACUCAGGUUUUGCCAGAUACUCGGUGGAUUCGCGAUGGCACGUGCCUCACUUCGAGAAAAUGCUCUAUGAUCAGGCGCAACUCGCCGUCUCCUACUGCGACGCCUACGUUCUCACCAAAAAGGAAUUCUACGCGGAUGUCGUCCGCGACAUUCUUACCUACGUGUCACGCGACUUGAGCCACGAACUGGGCGGAUUCUACGGGGCGGAGGACGCCGAUUCCUAUCCGGAGGUCGGAGCUAGAGAGAAGGCGGAGGGUGCGUUCUGUGUUUGGGAGUAUGAUGAGAUUAUGGACCACAUAAAUGGGAAUACCGACGGCAUUUCCGACUUGGAACUGAUUACCUAUCAUUAUAGCCUGAAGGAAGGUGGCAACGUUAAUCCUAGGAACGAUCCGCACGGCGAACUGUUGAAUAAGAAUGUCCUUGGUUGUUUUGGUUCAUAUGAACAGACCGCAAGACAGUUCGACAUCAGUGUUGAGAAAGUGAAGGAGAUCUUGAAUAAAUGCCACAAAAUUUUGUAUGACGUUAGGCAAAAACGUCCUAAGCCACAUGUGGACACUAAAAUCAUCACCAGCUGGAAUGGUUUAAUGAUAUCCGGGUAUGCUAAAGCUGGAUUCGUGCUCAAGGAUCAGGCGUACAUCAACAGGGCUAUCCUUGCUGCGUCUUUCAUCAAGAAAUACUUGUACAGGGAAAAUGAAGGGAAAAUUUUGUUGCGUUGUUGCUACAAAGGAGAAAACGGACAAGUAGUACACACAGCUGUUCCGACUGUCGGAUUUUUGGACGACUACGCUUUUCUUAUUCGUGGACUUUUGGAUUUAUAUGAAGCAUCACUGGAUGCUGAUUGGUUGCAAUGGGCAGAGACUCUCCAGGAACAACAAGAUAGAUUGUUUUGGGACUCCGAGGGUGCUGGAUAUUUCACGAGUCCUGAGGGCGAUAAAAGCAUUUUGAUUCGAGGAAAAGACGAUCAGGACGGUGCUGAGCCUUGCGGCAACUCGGUGGCGAUUCACAAUCUGAUUAGGUUGGCCAACUAUCUUGACCGUCAAGAUUUGAAACUGAAAGCGGGCCGAACGUUGACCGCGUUCGCUGGUCGAAUCAAGUCUGUACCGAUCGCCUUAACAGAGAUGAUAUCCGCUUUGCUCUUCUAUCAUAAGUCCCCGACACAGGUUUUCAUUGCCGGCAGGACCGAAGACAACGACACGCAAGCUUUACUGGACGUAGUACGGUCGAAAUUUAUGCCCGGUAGAAUUUUGGCCGUGGCUGACGGUCCUACGGGUCGUGCUGGUCUCUUGUACAGUCGUCAUGAAACACUGGCUAGAUUGAAGCCCGUUCACGGCAAACCUGCUGCUUAUGUUUGCAGGAAUUUUGCAUGCUCGUUGCCGGUGACUGAACCCACUGAAUUGGCCAGUUCUUUGGAUGAUGGAUCUGAGAACAAGGCUGGAAAUGAUGGCGACGCAGAAGGGCACUAAAGGUUUAAAAUUGAUGGAACACAGACGUAUGGAAUUUAGUCCUCUACCUUGAGAUAAAUUAUAGCGUUCUCUUAUAUAAACCGUGACAUAUUGUAUAAAUUGUAUAGUAGAGCUUCUCUAAUUGUAGAGAAUGAUUUUAUGCUUUUUUGGCAAGAAUAUUUGUACCGUUAGGUAUUUUUUGUAUAUACAUGUAUAUGUAAUAUUAUUUAUUAUUUUACUCUUCAUUUCGAUUUAUUUCUAGUAUGUAUAUAUUUUUUUCGAAUAAAUGUUUAAUAUAUGCUCA